CCUUCUAGAAAAAAAAAAAAAAACCCGUCCAGAUCUGCAUAGAAAGCGUGAGAGACUCCCCCGGCGCUCCCAGACCUACGCGGUGGGCCAGGGGAACGCGGGCCUCCUCCUCCCCCCAUACACUCCUCCUAUCCCAGAAAAAACGCGGAGCGCAAAUAAAUAAUAUCGUCCCGAGCCUGUGGCCGUCUCUCCGGUGCCCGCUCCUCCCCUCCCGCCUCGGCGCGCUCCGGCCUCGAGGGAGGCGGCGGCGGGACAGCGGCGGCUCCGACCCGGUGCGGGGUGCGGGCGGGCGCCGCACUAUGCUCCCCAGCGCCGUGGCGGCCCACGCCGGCGCCUACUGGGACGUGGUGGCCUCCUCCGCGCUCCUCAACCUGCCCGCAGCGCCAGGCUUUGGGAACCUGGGCAAGAGUUUCCUCAUCGAGAACCUGCUGCGCGUUGGCGGCGCCCCGACGCACGAGCCACAGCCGCCGCCGCCGCCGCCCCCCAGCCGGGCGGCCGCCCUGGGCACGACCGCCGCGGGCGCGCAGCUCCGGCCCCUGCCCGCCAGCCCGGUUCCCCUCAAGCUGUGCCCUGCGGCCGAACCCGCCAGCCCCGCCGAGGCGCCCUACGCCACGCGAUGGGCUUUCCAAGUGCUCAACCCCUCCGCGGACGGCGCAAGGUUGCCCGGCCGGGCUCCGGGAGACCGAGACUGUACCUUCCAGCCUUCAGCCCCAGCGCCUUCCAAACCUUUUCUUCUGAGCACCCCGUCCUUCUACUCGGCAUGUUGCGGUGGGUCCUGUCAGCGCCCUGUGUCCUCUGCUGCUUUUUCAAGAGAAGAGAGUGUGCUGCCUCUCUUGACACAGGACUCUAAUUCCAAAGCGCGGAGGGGCAUUUUAAGAAGAGCUGUCUUUUCUGAGGACCAGAGAAAGGCUUUGGAGAAAAUGUUUCAGAAGCAGAAAUACAUCAGCAAAACAGACCGAAAGAAGCUUGCCGUCAACUUGGGACUAAAGGAAUCACAGGUGAAAAUUUGGUUUCAGAACAGAAGAAUGAAAUGGCGGAAUUCCAAAGAAAAGGAAGUUCUUUCUAACAGGUGUAUCCAAGAAGUAGGCCUUCAAGAGGAUCCCCUCUCACGAUCGGCUUUGGGGUUUCCUGCUUCAUGUCCUUCAAUGUGGGAAGUCUCCCAGCCACACUCAAGUCCAAGAAGGAGGGAGAAUUCUCCAGAACCUUCAGAAAGACUACUCCAGGGAAGUUCAGGGGCACCGCUCCCAGAAGGAAAGUCAAUGCAAGGUGCCUUAUAUUUAUGUUCUGAAGAAGAAGCUGGAAGCAAGGGUGUACUUACGGGGGCCAUCUGAGUGGACUAUACUAAUAACAUUUGGACUCUAAAGCCAGCUAGCAGGUACCUCAUCAGUGCCUAAAACCUAACAGCUUUGGUUCGAUGUAUGAACUAAUGCUUUAGGAUAUCCACUCGUGUGGAUUUAGCCCUAGACUCAGCUUAAUUUGUAAGUGGAUGCAACUGAAGAGACUAAGAGCCGCUGGCUCAGUCACUGCUCUGAGUAUGUGUAUAUGUGCUUCUGUCUCCGUGUCUGUAUACAUAUAGAAAUCAUUGUUAAGAUACAUUAGUAGAAAGUAGUUCCUCUUAAAAACAUUGCAU